UUCCCGCACAGGUUGUACCUGGCUGAUGCUUAACCCUUUAGCGCGUUGGUCAAAGCCAAAGGUGACGCCGGAGGAAAAGAUUACGGUAGAUGACUGAGCUAACCCUUACAGAGUACGCACCACUCUAGUCACCAAAAAGCCUGGCUGAGGAAAGCAUUUCAAUAAGAAAAGAAAAAAAAAGCUCAUCACUGCAACGAUAAGAUAGUGUGGCAUCUCUUUUACAUCUUUAGCUGGUUUUUGAAAACUGUCCACAGCGAACAAGGUUAAAACUCUUCAAAAUUUUUUUCUGUGAUUUCCUCUGUGUGCCGUUUUUUGUUUGUAUCCUAAUCGGCCUUGAGGAAGUAGGCGAUCGACAGGCGGGUAGAACAGAGUGACAACUGACGGAGCAACUCAGGAGGUUGACAUACGGAGAUAUACGGGACUCAGAUAAAACCAUGGUGCGGUGUACAGGAUUGCUUACCUUAGCCCCUGCUUUGAUCUUUACAGUUUUGCUACACACAGGCUGGUCAGAAGGCAAAUCCCUCUCGGAAAAUAACGACGAUGUUUUGGAAUCAGUUCUAGCGAAACGAAAUUCAUGGUGGAGUAAAAAGUCUAUGGAUUCAAUCAGUGAUUUGGCAUCAGAUAAUAGUUUUCACAACGAGGACUCGAAAUGUGAGAGCAGCCAGGCCUUAUUUGGUUGCUAUGUGGAUGCCUGUGUACCCCAGUUUGUGGCCUGUGCUAGGCGAUCUCUAUCAAGUGUGGGUUUCGACAGCUGUAAGGUGAAACAUCGGAUCUGCGCCGUACGUUGUAUGACCGAGGCCUCUCUGGACGAUAUCGCCAGAUAGUUGGUUUUGCCGGCAAACGCCAUGGACGUGGAAAACUUCUACUCCUGAGUGAACAAAGAAACUUUACUUUAUCCAAGCGAUAUGAACCAAUGUGUCCAACUGUUGAUGGCUAUAUAAACCCUGUACUAAACAACCCUGUCUCAGCAUUAUAGUUUAUAUUGAUUCUGUUGUUGUUGUCAAUAUUAUCCGUGAUUUUCUUCUCAAAUGUGUGUAAUAUGCCUUAACCACCCAAAUCCACCUACUUUGUUUUCCUUCACCCGUCCUUAUGUAGUUGAAUAUUAGUCUCGAAACCUCACAUUCGCUGUUUUCCAAUAGCAUUUUAGGAACAGAGGCAGAUUUUCGCCCACUGUCUUUCAGCUCCGUGGACACUGCUCCUUCCAUGUUGUAUCUAGCCAUUGUUCUAUAUGUAUCUGUUAGUAGACGCCCCCAACCCUCACCCUCCCACACAACCCACGAGCCAGCUAUCCCUUCAAUGGCCCCCACCCAGACAAUGAGAAUUGCUCCGGAUCCCUUCUAAGCAUGGCUCACCCACAGGGAAAUCCAUAGCUAACGGUUGCUCAUUUUUCAGAUUUACGCUUAGUGCUAAGUUAACUCUAUGUGUGGCAUGCUGUUUCGAUCGUCUUUUUUGUGUUUAUUAUAUUCUAUGUAAGACAGGGUAACUGGACUCAGCUAUCCAGCUGCAUUCAAACAAUCCGUGUGACAAUCUGCUGCUAUACUUCAACUCCACCGAAUCGUACAUGUCCGAUCUCUCCAGAAUUCUCUCCGGAUGGAUCGUCAUAACUUAUCUCACUAAGGUUCAAUAAACGUUUUUCAAAGUACAGUUUUCCCCGGUUUUUAUUUUUUUUUCUUGUUUUCGACCCCAA